CGUCGUCGCAGUGCUCUCGCGGGGCUCGUACGCGACGAGAGUCUCUCCUCAGCGGUUCGCCGUCGCGUCCGCGAGGAUAGUUUUUGGAAGAGACCCCGCCGGAGAGUGACGCGCAAAGGGUCAAUAACGUCGCGUUCAUUGCCGUGCCGAAUGUCGGCUGAAAAGCGUGACAUGUGGACGUGAUGUCGUCGUGUACCGUACCCCGGAAUAACGUGCGUUGACGGGAUGGUGCUGCCGCCGUGAGGUGGGCCGACCAGCGCGACUCCCGUGCGCGAGACGCGGGGGCGGCGCGCUGCUGCCUCCCGCCCGCGCGCGGGCGCUCGUCGAGCACGAGCACGCGCACGCGCCGCCGAGUCCCUCCUCGCCAUGCUGCACGCCAUCUGCGCGCUGGGCCUGUCGCAGCGGGCCUGUGGCGUGCUCUCGCAGCAGCAGACCCCGGUGCCGGCGGUGUCCCCUCUGGUGGUGUCCGUGACCACCAAGCAGCAGGAUGCCCUGGCCAGGACAACGACGACGACCACGUCCUUCUCGAGCCUGCGGGAGCUCCGCGACGCCGGCGGCGGCGACGCCAAGGCGUCCAGCAGGGACUCGGGGCUCAACGACGUCGGCUCGGACUGGAGCCCCGCCAGGACGACGAGUCAGACCUCCCCGAGGACGUCCUUCAGCGCCGACCCGAUCCAACAGGCCACGCCGGAGCGGCUAGCGCGGGUGCAGCAGCAGGUGCGGCAGCACAUGGAGUCCGAGAGCCACUACCAGCGGCCUCGGCCGCAGCCCGCGCCGAUCGCCGCCCAGGGCGCCGCCGACCAGCAGAAGCAGCAGCAGCAGGGCAGCAAGCUGUCGGUGCGGGACCUGCUGGGACAGUUCGAGGCUCGCCGCGGGGGAGGGGGCGCCGGCGCCGCCGGCGUGCCCUCUGGCGGCCACCUGCGGAGCGAGCCGGCCGCCGCUGCAGCCAGGUCGUACGGCUUCGGAAGCUCCACCAAGACCACCCUCCGCAAGGUGGUGUCCGAAGCGGACGCCGCUGGCCGCCACAGCAGCAACCAAAGCUACCAUAACAGCGCGGCAGCCGCAGCCGCGACAGUCGAGCGGAGCAGUCUGUCCACGGCGGCCGCCGCCCCCAAGAGCACCCCCAGCGCGACCAGCGCCAGGACCUUCAGCUCGGCGGCCACCGCGCCCGUCGCACCGCCACCCGCGGCCGCCAGCGAGAGCGCCAGGAGCAGCAACAGCAACAGCAUCAACAUAAACAUCACCAACAACGACAGGAACGCCGUCAACAACCGGGUGGCGAGCAGCACCUCGAGUCGGCGCAGCUUCCUGGACAGCAUCAUCGCGGGCGCGGCCUCGGCAGAUGGGUCCGGGAAGCGGACAAGUCGCCGGCCCUCCAUGGAGGAGGUCAACAACCUGCUCAACCAGGACGACCGGGCUGCGCGCAACGGCCACCCGGCGCUGCGCAAGGCGGGCAGCACUCCCAGCGGGCGGAGCAGUCGGAGCGGCUCCGAGGACGCCGUCGGCAAGCCCGCUCCGUUGAACGGGAUCGCCGUCGUGGCCGAGAGAACGCCGCUGACGCCCCCGUCGACGCCCCCGUCGACGCCCCCAUCGCCACCCAUGGCCGCAACCGUGACCACGACUGCGACGACGACGAUGUCGUCCGCGCCGCCCUCCGAGACCGGCAGCGUCCAGGACAUCCCCUCCAUCGUCGACCAGCUCCCCGAGGACGAUCGGCCGCAGGAGUCGCGGCGCACCACGAGCGGCUGGGACCCGGCCGUGCUGGUGGCGGCGCUGUACACCGUCCCCGAGCCCCUUCGGGACAAGCCGCGGCCCGUGGACCGCGUCAACGUGGAGGGCUUCCUGGAGCGGCUGCCCAGCGGCCGCACCAAGGCCACCUUCUGGAACGCCUGGAAGCGCUGCUACUUCCGCGCCAAGGACGGCCUCCUCUACUGUUACGCGGGCAAGCACAGCGAGAAGCCCAUGGACGUGACGCAGCUGAUGGGCGGCGUGGUGGAGCCGUUCGAGUCCAUGGUCAUCACGGCGCAGGACCGGAACCCGGCGACGGUGCCCGUGAUCGGCGUGGACGACCGGAUGGGCCACUACCUGGUGGUGCGCGCCGUGACGCCGCAGGAGUCGGACCGCUGGGUGCGCGCGCUGCAGACGCACACGGUCGAGGACUUCUGCUCCACGUACGUGCAGCCGUGGCCCGUGCCGCGCGCGCCCGCGCUCCUGCGCGAGAGCAUCGUCGUGGACCUGGGCAGCCGGUCCGUGCGCGCCGGUAUCCUCUGCUCGCAGCCCUCGCUGCCGCAGGUGUUCUUCCCCGCCGUGUGCGCCACGCGCCGCAGCCUGGCCGCCAGCCUCGGCCUCGGCGGCCGGGGCGCGGGCGGCGGCGGCGGCGACAAGGUCUACGGCCCCGCCGCGCUGCAGCCCUCCGUGCGCGCCAGCAGCAACCUCAGCUACCCCAUCAGGCCCACCGAGCGCAUCAACAAGCACACGGUGGACCUCGGCGCGGUGUCGGGCUUCCUGCGCGUCGUCUUCCAGUGCCUGUCGGUGGACCCGCGCGACUACGGGGUGGUGCUGAGCGUGCCGCGCACGCUGGACAGCGCGACGCAGGCCCGCCUGGUGGCCGAGCUGUUCGACCGCUUCGGGGUGCGGUCGGUGCUGCUGUCGCACCAGACGGUGCUCGCGCUCUACGCCUACAACGCGGCCAGCGGCGUGGUCGUGGACGUGGGCGAGCGCACCGACGUCGUGCCCAUCAUGGACGGCUACAUCGUGGAGGGCGGGCUGUCGCGGGUGCCGUACGGCGGCGAGGAGAUGCAGGGCCACGUGCGCCGGUUCCUGCUGCAGCGCGCGCCCCCCGUCUCGCUGGGCACGGUGGCCGAGGCCCUGCUGCCGCGCCUCGCCCUCGAGCGCCUGUGCUUCGUCUCGGCCAGCUACCGCGCCGACCUCAAGCGCGCCCAGCGCGACCCCACCGACCUCGCCGCCUCCGUCAGCGUGUCCGAGUUCUUCUCCGGCGGCAAGGAGCCCACCAUCGAGUCGCUGACGUUGGAUGCCGGCCGCUUCCAGGCGCCCGAGGGGCUGUUCCACCCGCAGGCGUGGGGCUUGGACCACCCCGGCGUGCACCGCAUGGUGUACAAGGCGAUCCAGGAGUGCAGCAUGGACGCCAGGAAGACCAUGGCGCGGAGCGUCUUCCUCGCCGGCGGCCUCACCAUGCUCCCGGGCUUCGCGGAGCGGCUCCGCGAGGAGCUCGCCGCCCUGCUGCCCCCGGCCGUGCAGCCCAAGGUUCACGCGUCCCCGUACCGCUACCACGCCGCCUACCUGGGCGCGUGCGUGCUGGCCAACUCGAGCGGCGUGCAGGAGAUGAGCCUCACCAGGGAAGAGUUCAACAGGGACGGCGGCAAACUGCUCCGGCCGUGGAUCCUCUGACCGUGACCCUUGACCCGAGCUACUACCGUGCUGUACUUGUUGUUUUCUUUUUUGUUUUCGCCCUGCAAAGCAGGGUGUUCAAAACUUCGACUUUGCACGCUAAGCAAAUUCAAAGGAGAUGUUGUUGUUGAUGGUUUAAUAAAUUAUGAUCUCUAACUGUU